CUUUCUUCUUGCCCACCACGCUUCAUUGCUUUCUUCAUUUCCGUUCGAGCACGUGUGCUCAGUCAGUCUUUACUUUUGUACAGCAUUUCAAUUAUGCAACUUACAUUCAUUUCUCUUCUCGCUCUGGUUAGCAGCACAAUCGCUGAUCCUAUCAUAUCCUCGUUCCCCAACUCCUUGACGCUGGAAUCGAGCUUCGAUCCUAUCAAAGCCGCAUAUUGGACAGGCCUUCCGCAUCAUCGCCGAACUCCGUUCUCCGUCUCACCAGAUGGAAAUUCUGCAUACCUAGCAUAUCUGGAUGCUAGCUACAGCAAUGUUGUCAUUCAACAAGUAAACACAAGCACUUUCGAAGCUGUGGGAACAGCGGUGCAGAUCACUGGCUAUGAGGCGGCGGGAUUGGUGGCUCAGAAUGAUGGGUUUGCAGUUAUGGUUACGACGAAUGCUACGGGGACAACGGAUCUUCCACCUACUGGUGAAUAUGUCACGGUCGUUGUUAGGUAUAAGGAUGGAGUUGAAGCUUGGACAACGGCAUUGAACGGACCGGGUGUGCAUACUUCUGAUGGGUUGACAGCGACUACGGAUGCAAAUGGUGAUCUUGUCUACUCUUCAGCUGCUGGUCUCUAUGGUGCUUAUUUCGUUGUUACUGCAUACACUGGCAAUGCAUCAGGCCACUUCGGAGACUCAAUCCAAUACGUCGACGACACAGGAGCUUUACAAACAAUCACGGGAGCAAGCAGUGUAUUCGGCUGCUCUCACAACACAGGAAUUGGCCUCGAGGCCGCCGACUCUGCUCCAUUCGCUAGUAUCUGUGCAGAGGACCAAGGCGACAUCUGGCUCAACACCGACACCCAAUACAUGUCGGGCGUCAAAAUCGCAAACGAAAACACCACCAACGGAGUCAGCGGCGAGCCCAUGGGAGGAAUGUCAGGUUCAUAUAGCAAUCUCGCUUUAUUCCCUUCAACAACGAACUAUAUCUUCGCCUGGCAAUCUCGCGGCGCUCUAGACUUGACGCUGAAUGCGUGGAUGGGAAGCCCUUACACGCAGUGUAGUCCCAGAUGGUUGAACCAUAACGUGGCUAUUUCUACCAUGUCCAGUAAAGAUACACUUACUGGAGCUGAAGCCUCGUCAACCGUCGGUGCUGCGGAGGGCGAUGAUCAGGUCAAUUGGAUUACUUACUCGUCUACUGAGGAUCACCAGAAUGUCCAUACAGCGACGCUGAACUCCAACUUGUCGAUCGUGACUUGGAAGACUCUCACAAGUCCUGAUUCUCAGCCUGUUCCGUUGGGAUGCUCAGGCACUUAUGCGGGCACUUCUUUUCAGUUCGUGGAUAGUGCUGGAGCGAAAGUUGGUGCGGUGACUAACUCUACGAGUGUGUUUGUCAGCGGUGAUAUUGCGAAUGUGGGGACGGAUCGAGUGUGCUGGCCGUAUGUGGAUAUGGUUUGGGAUUUGAGCGCUCCGAAGGCUUCGGGAACUCCGGUUACGAAGAUGAGUUUUGCUUGUGCUAGCGUAGGAAGCUCUGGCUCGAGUGUUAUGGUUUCGAGCGCAGUGGCAUCUCCUUCGUCUGCCGCGGUUGCGGUGUCAAGUGCUGCUGGAGUAGCCACCUCUUCAUCCAUUGAGGCUGUGGUCUCAUCUCAAGCUGCUAUCGUCUCUUCGUCAACUGAACUUUCACACGCCACUUCAUUGGAUCUCUCGACUUCGACAGUCCCUAUCUCAACCUCAAGCACCUCCUCAGCAGCUAUCGAGAAUCCUUCCUCCUCGUCCACAGCAACAAUUCUCCCCUCGACCACACAAGCAAGCAAAACGGCUCUGCAAGAACAUACAUCUAACCACCACACCACAUUCUCAACUAGAGUCAUCCCUUCGCCUACUAUUAUCCCUGAGGACGAUAGCUGCGAUGCUGAAUAGUGGGAUUCGAGAUUGAGUUAUCUUCUUGUAUAUAUUUUAGGUGCUAGACACCAAUUGUGUUAUUCAAGAUCUAUUUUGAGUAGGAAUGGAAUUCUCUGUAGCGG